CCUUAGGUGUCAAGCCUAGUUUUAAGCGUAACCAAACAUGCCGGGAUGCAAAUACGUGUGUGUUCUACUUGAAGCAAAAUUCCUUUUAAGCAAAACCAAUAGGCAAGCACAAUACAGUUCAUGAUGUUCAGUUAACCCAUUCUGCAGUUUAUUUGUUUACACCGGACGGCAAGAACUAAUCGUUUGUUGUUGUUUCAGCAAUAGUUUAACGGCUGUCGGUGAAGAGGAAUCAGGUUAACUGCAGCAGGGAGGGAGGUUGCAGAGACUGCUGCGCGAGCGUGGUCGCCAGGCUGGGAUCAACCGAGACGAACAUAGCUGAUAGCACACAGGCUUUGGCAUGCAACCGAGUUCAGAUUCUCCAUGUGCAUGCAUAUUUAUGCCGCACGCACACGAUUCAUGAAUCCAACAGCUGCAGGCUGCAGGAAUGCACGAGACAUGAGACGCUCGGACCAGGAUUAUAACAUGGAUCCAUCUUCCCAGGAGUUCGUUCGAUUUAACAGUGAAUCUGUUUUCUCGUCGGAACGGAAUUAGAAGCGGAUUCGAUUUGCGAUCGGCUGUUUGCACGUUAUUUGCGGGUCAUAUGUAUCUGACCGACCCGAGAUAUCCCCGACUCGAUCGCCCACGCAGAAAACUCAAGACAUAAGUCGCAGAGAUAUAUCAAUCGGACUGAGUCGAAACUCAAGGAGAAGGCCGAAGUCGCAGAUGGAGGACGCCAAGGUCUGCAAGAUGGAAGAAGGCCAGCAGCAACGAGAGGCGGCGAUCCAAGUCCCGCUCAUCAAAAGGCCUCGCCGGCAGCCCUCCUACCCUCCACGACGCAAGCUUACCCCCUUCACGAAAUAUUUCCUUAGGGGUUUCGGGGUCACUCUGGGGAUCAUACUGACGUUCGGGGUUAUCGUACUGAAGGGGCCUGACCCCUACCCCUGGAUCAAGAUAUUCGCUUGGCCUCUAACUAUGAUUGGGCCAGUCGGCUUCUUUGGGAUGACGUACGCUGAUUCUUCGGACGACGAGUCUUAAUUUACAUCUACAAUUAGGGUCAUUUGUUGGGAUACUUUUGAUCUCAGCCAUAUGAAAUCAUUAAUCCAGUUUCAUAUUUAUCCAUCCAACCGAUUCGGAUACUUCUGUAUUGAUUUUUUUUUAAUAAUACUCCCUUCUUUGGUUUUAAAAAAUGUCUAUAGCUGAAAUUCAGUCAGAUUUUCCGGCCAACUAGCAGCAGC